GAAGUUUGAGUUGAAUUAGGAAACAGAAUCAUGCACACACACUACUAGAGAGCAGUGCUUGUUUCCCAAUCUGCAUACACACCCUGGUGACCAGGAACCCACAGAGUGCUUUCAGUUUCAGUAGCAGUGGAUGGUGGGAGAGGAAGCCAUGGCUGACAACACCCUGAGAGAGAAGAGGAAGCAGUUUGUCCGCUCAGUGGGCAAAGGGACAAUAAAUGGCUUGCUGGAUGAACUUUUACAGAAGAAAGUGUUCAACCAAGAAGAGAUGGAGAGAAUAAAUUGUGCAAAUGCCACUGUUGCAGAUAAGGCACGAGAUUUAUGUGACUCUGUCAUUCGGAAAGGGCCCCAGGCAUGCCAAAUCUGUAUUGCUUAUAUUUGUGAAGAAGACGGCCACCUGGCAGGAACUCUGGGACUUUCUGCAGCUGUCUUAACUCUUCCACUUCGUGUCCUGGAACAGGAUGAACGGCAGCGGCAGCUGCCACAGAAGAAAACGGGUUACUAUUCUUCAUUUUAUUGCUCAGAGGCUGUCAUUCGGAAAGGGCCCCAGGCAUGCCAAAUCUGUAUUGCUUAUAUUUGUGAAGAAGACUGCCACCUGGCAGAAACUCUGGGACUUUCUGCAGCAACUAAGGAAAAACAAAACAAAGAAGAAGAGGUGCACGUGGGACCAAGUGGGAGCCUCAAGCUUUGUCCCUUAGAGAGAGCCCAAAGCAUGUGGAAAGAAAGAUCAUCAGAGAUUUAUCCAAUAAGUGAUAGAUCCACUCGCACACGGCUUGCUCUCAUUAUCUGCAACAUAGAGUUCGAACAUCUUUCCAGGAGAGCAGGAGCUGAUGUUGACCUCAGAGAUAUGGAAAUAUUGCUACAGGAUCUGGGAUACACAGUGAAAGUGAAAGAAAAUCUCACUGCUCUGGAGAUGACUACAGAGGUGAUGGCAUUUGCUGACUGCCCAGAGCACAAGACCUCUGACAGUACUUUCUUGGUAUUUAUGUCUCAUGGUAUCCGAGAUGGCAUAUGUGGAAGGAAAUACUCUGAGAAAUUCGCAGAUGUGUUACAAGUAAACACUAUCUUUCAAAUGAUGAACACUAGGAACUGCCCAAGUAUGAAAGACAAACCCAAGGUUAUCAUCAUUCAGGCCUGCCGUGGAGGGAACCAAGGAGUGGUGUGGGUGAAGGAUUCUGUAGAGGACUGUGUAAACAGAGAAUUACAGGAUCCAGAUUUUGAAGAUGAUGGUGUUCAGAAAGCCCAUAUAGAAAAAGAUUUCAUUGCGUUCUGCUCUUCGACACCAGAUAACGUGUCUUGGCGGCAUCCUGUCCGGGGCUCUCUUUUCAUUAUGAACCUCAUCAAAUAUAUGAAAGAACAUGCCUGGUCUUGUGACUUGGAGGAGAUUUUCCGAAAGGUUCGAUUUUCAUUUGAAAAAACAGAAUGUGGGGUACAGAUGCCCACCACUGAGAGGGUGACUUUAACAAAAAGUUUCUACCUCUUCCCAGGACUUUAAAUUAGAUCCCAAGGCGUUCAAUCAUUUUGUACCUGUUUCUGAACUCACAUCAACAAGAAGGCUACAUUUCUCUAAAUGAUACAGUAAACCUCCAAUAAAAGUGGAAGGGCGGCCUGGGCUGCUGCUGCUGCUGGGUUUUACCUCUCCAUUCAUUUCAUUUGAUGCUGUGAAGAGGAACAAUAUUUUCUGUUUCUUUCUUAUUGGAUCUGUUCUUUGACCGUUCCAUUCCUGUAUAAAAUGCACUCUGAACAGUGUAACCACACCUUCUCCAUACCUUCUCACGUUUAUUACGUGCCCCUCCUUCCCGCCAUUCUGAGGAUUCAUAGUUCCUAUCUUUAGACCCAUUGAGUUUAACCAUGAUCAUUCAUUUGACAAUGGAUUUAGUACUAUCCAUUGGAUCCUGAUGUGCACCUUAAUGGGUACACAGUGAAGAAAUCAACUUCCUCUCUCCCAGAAUUCCUCACUAACCAGAAGUUCAGCUGAAUUCUUUCACCAUGACUCUUAAGAGUUGAACUGGCUAGGUGUACCAUUAUAUCAUAUACCAUAUAUCAUUUGCUGGUCUUUAUUCUGUAGAGACAUAAAUGUAAACCAUACAUAUCUGAUACCAUAGGACACCAUAGGUAUCAGAGUUCUCAGAACUGAUGCAUAUAAUAUAACUAUGACAGUUACAGUACAUGAUGAUAAAUGACAUCUCAAAACAUGAGCUUAACACUGACAAAGAUUGGCCAGAAUCUACCCAUUUCUAAGCUCUGUCAAUGUACUUCACAAUAAAAAAGCAAAUGUUGAUUCAGG